AUGGGACGUCACACAACAGUGUAUUCGGCCGUCUUCCUGGCUAUAGGAGGUUUCCUCUUUGGCUAUGACUCCGGUAUUAUCACCUCCACUAUUGCCCUUGAUACUUUCAAGCAUUAUUUCAGCAAACCCUCGGAUACCACCGUCGGCGGCAUUGUGUCGGCCUUUCAAGGCGGCGCCAUUCUUGGCACCAUGGUCAACAUGCUGUUCGCCCAUUCAAUGGGCCGCCGUAAAACCAUCUUCGUUGGAGCCGUGGUGUCGUGCAUUGGCUCCGCUCUGCAAGCCGGUGCUGUUAACAUGGAGAUGUUGAUUGUCGGGCGCUUCAUUGGCGGGAUGGCUGUCGGCAUGGUCACAUCAACAAUUCCCAUGUAUGCUUCUGAAUUGUCCGAGGCCAAGUAUCGUGGUAUCCUUUCGGGCCUGCUACAGUGGAUGUUGAGUUGGGGCUUUUUAGUCGCUCAAUGGCUAGGAUAUGGAUGUGAGCGGAACACAACUCAGUUCUCCUGGAGAUUUCCUCUUGCAUUCCAAGCCAUUCCCGGUCUUAUUCUAGUUGGAGGUGUAUUUUUCCUACAAGAAUCUCCUCGAUGGCUUAUGGAGCGAGACCGUCACGAAGAAGCCCGCAAAUCCUUGAACAAGCUCCGAAGCGGCUUAGACCCCGAAACGAUCGAACUUGAAUUCCGCGAGAUUCGUGAUGUAAUCCUUGCCGACCGCGCUCUCGGAAACAUUACAUGGACGUCCAUCAUUACAAAGCCAACGUGGAGGAAGCGCCUCCUGCUAGGCUGUGGAGUACAAGCAUUUGGACCGCUCAGCGGCAUCAAUGUCAUCAACUACUAUGGCCCUCGAAUCUACGAAAUCCUGGGCAUUGAAACACGAACUUCACUCAUGAUUAUCGGCAUCAGUGGCGCGCUGUCUAUUGUCUACUGCAGCAUCGGUCUCUAUCUCCUGGACCGCGUUGGUAGAGUCAAGCCUCUGAUUGUUUCCGCUGCCGGCCUGGCGGCAGCGUUGGUGGUAAACGCCGUACAAGCACAAUACCUCAACGAGAACAACGCAAAUCAGCUCCGCAGCAUGGUGGCAAUGAACUUCGUUUUCAGCUUGUUCUACACGCCUCUGGGAAUUAUCAGCUGGGUGUAUCCUGCCGAGAUCUUCCCCGUUGAGGUCAGAGCCCUUGGAAACGCCAUCACAACUUUCACGAACUGGACUGUCAACCUGAUCUUUGCCCAGUUCACUCCUCAGGCUUUAACCAACAUUGGUUUCAAGUAUUUCUACGUUUUUUUCGUAUUCAACCUGAUCGCCCUGGUUUGCUACAUUUUCUUCUAUCCUGAGACAAAGGGCAGAACCCUUGAGCAGAUGGAUGAACUAUUUGGUGAUCAGUUGGUGCCUCACGCUAUGCAGGAUUCCGAGGGUGCUGCCGCGGCUGUGGCCAAGGACGACAAGCUGGUGGAGGAACUCGAUCGACAAGAGAAACGUGAUACAGUUUAA